CUCCGAUGGACGGCCAUUUAAUUGAUUUUCCAUCAUAUGUCAUCUAGCAGUAUCUGAGGACUUAUUGCUCGGGACAAGGUCGUCGCAUCUUUCAAUCGUGUCGCAAAGUCUAGAUUGCCGACUUUUUCAGCGCUGAAUCGCUCGUAUAUCGCCCCUCAUGAGUCAAGAUGCCACUCCGGAGGGGAUCUUUUCCCUUCUGGAUACAGAUCUGUAUAAAUUGACGAUGCAGUGUGCGGUUCUGAAGUAUUUCCCUGAUACCCCUGCGACAUAUGGAUACACGAAUCGAACCCCGCAGUUGAAGCUCACGCGAGCAGCGUACAAAUGGUUGCUGGAGCAGGUUAAUAAGCUCGGUAAUAUCCGACUUACGCCUGAGGAACUCCAGUUCCUGAAGGACCGCUGUCCUUAUCUCAACGACGCAUAUCUCCGAUACCUAACGCAGUUCCGAUUCAAACCUAAAGAACAAAUUGACAUAAAGUUCAAUCCUGUUGAAGACACAGGAAAUGACAGCGAUCCAGGAGACAUCGAGUAUGAGAUCAAGGGCCUGUGGGUGGAGACGAUAUUGUACGAGAUUCCGAUGUUGGCCCUGACCAGUGAGGCAUAUUUCCGAUUCUGCGACACGGAUUGGGACUACGAUAAUCAGGAGGAGAGAGCAUAUCGCAAGGGGUGCGCACUGCUGGAGAAUAAUUGUGUCUUCUCUGAAUUCGGGUCGCGGCGCAGAAGGGAUUACCACACGCAGGACCUGGUAAUGUCUGGUUUAUGCAGAGCAGCGGAACAUGGUAAGCAGGCUGGAUGGAAAGGCGUGUUUUCGGGCAGCAGCAACGUUCACUUUGCGAUGAAGUAUGGUGUGAACCCAGUGGGUACUGUAGCUCACGAGUGGUACAUGGCCAUUGCGGCCAUCACCAAUGACUAUGAGAAUGCGAAUGAGCUUGGCUUAAGAUACUGGCUCGGAUGCUUUGGCGAAGGCGUCCUUGGAAUCGCUUUGACCGACACAUUCGGUACCCCCGCCUUCCUGGAUGCUUUCCGCAGACCUGUCCCUGACUACACCAUCGCGGGAGUGGGCGCGGUCACCACAAGGCCUGCAGGUGCUUCUACAACCCAGGGGAGCGAUCCCCAGAGUCUGGCCGAGACCAAGCCUCCAGUUGCUGCGCCCCUCCAGGAUGGUCAACACAAGCCAGCACAGCGGACAUACGCCCAAGUCUACAGCGGGGUGCGCCAGGACUCCGGUGAUCCCACGUAUUUCGUGAAGAUGGUGCGCGACUUUUAUGAUAAGGAGAACAUCAAGGAGCCGAAGACGAUCGUCUUUUCCGAUUCGCUCAAUGUCGAGCACUGUCUCGAGUACAAGGUUAUCGCAGAGGAAGCUGGCUUCAAACCCGUCUUUGGUGUCGGCACUUUCCUGACCAAUGACUUCACUCGCAAAUCUGACGGCAAGAAAUCCAAGCCGUUAAACAUUGUCAUAAAGAUCGCCGCUGCCGGUGGACGCAGGGCCGUCAAGCUCAGUGACAACAUGGGCAAGAAUACCGGUGACAAGGAGAUCGUGCAAGACGUUAAACGUCGCUUGGGCUACAUCGAACACCACUGGGAGCAAGGCGACGAGAGCGCCCGGUGGAAGUUCUGAUCGGCCUCAAAAGAAGAACAAGAACUUCUCUUUACUAUGCAGUGCUUAUGAAAGAUAUCACGGAAGGACUAGAACCGCAAGAUGAGACUUGGCGUCAUCGUCAAUCGCUUUUAACAUCAUAGAUGUAUAUGCGCGUCCCAUACAUACUCGCUAGAUACUAAGCAGCUCGGGCUUACACCUCCAUUCCUUUUAGCAAGACCUCGAUAGCCGGUUUGGAUAGAACUAGAAAU